AAUCUGUCGGCGCCUCAAAGGCCCACCCCUACGCCGGAAGAAGAAGGGCGUGGCGCGUAUGCCGAGUGGACCCGACGUCCAGAGGGCGGACGUGAGAGGUCACGUGUCCUCGCUGCGCGACGGUGAGGGAAAGGGGCUGGGCCCGGGCGGGAGGCGGGGCGGCCGUCAGCCACUCGGGUCUCUCGCGGCCGGAAGUGGGGGACUCCGCGGCGAUUCCGGCAUGGGGACCUCACUGGACAUCAAGAUUAAAAGAGCGAAUAAAGUGUACCACGCCGGGGAAAUGCUGUCAGGCGUGGUGGUCAUCUCCAGCAAGGAUCCCGUGCAGCACCAGGGCGUGUUUCUGACCAUGGAAGGAACCGUGAACCUCCAGCUCAGUGCCAAAAGCGUGGGCGUGUUCGAAGCAUUUUACAAUUCUGCGAAGCCAAUCCAGAUUAUCACCAGCACCAUAGAAAUGGUGAAGCCAGGGAAGUUUCCCAGCGGGAAGACGGAGAUUCCCUUCGAGUUUCCUCUGCACGUGAAGGGGAACAAGGUCCUAUAUGAGACCUACCAUGGCGUGUUUGUCAACAUUCAGUACACCCUGCGCUGUGACAUGAAGCGGUCUCUGCUGGCCAAGGACCUGACCAAGACCUGUGAAUUCAUCGUCCACUCCACUCCUCAGAAGGGGAAGCUGACUCCGAGUCCUGUGGACUUCACCAUUACACCGGAAACCUUGCAGAAUGUCAAGGAGAGAGCCUCGCUUCCCAAAUUCCUCAUUAGAGGACAUCUGAACUCCACCAGCUGCGCCAUCACACAGCCGCUGACGGGCGAGCUGGUGGUGGAGCACUCGGAUGCUGCUGUCCGCAGCAUCGAGCUGCAGCUGGUCCGCGUGGAGACCUGCGGCUGCGCGGAAGGCUAUGCGCGCGACGCCACGGAGAUCCAGAACAUCCAGAUCGCCGAGGGCGACGUGUGCCGGGGCCUGCCGGUGCCCGUCCACAUGGUCUUCCCGCGGCUCUUCACCUGCCCCACGCUCGAGACCACCAACUUCAAAGUGGAGUUCGAGGUGAACGUCGUGGUGCUGCUCCACGCCGACCACCUCAUCACCGAGAACUUCCCGCUCCGGCUGUGCCGCACCGAGCCCGCCCGGCCCGGGGCCGUGUGACCCGCAGCGCUGCGCAGCCGCGGCCUGCCUCCGCCUGCCCGCCCGCGCCCUCGCUCACGGAGCCGCGGCGGGCGGGGCGCUGCCCCGGGGUGGCCGGUAGAUGGAAGGGCUGGACCCUCACGGGGCGGGGCCUGCCCACGCCUCCCCGCAGCCCCUCUGGGCCCGGGCCAGGGGCUCGCCGGCCCCGCUU